AUGGCGUCUAAUCGAAGGUUUAAUGUUGAAGAGGCUUUGGAUACUAUUUUUGGCGACAGUGACUCUGAAAUGGAAGAAGAAGCAAGUGGUUCAGAAAGCGAAAGCGCCAGUGACACUGAAAUCAACAUGGAAUCGGCUUCCGAAGGUGAAAUGGAGAAUAGCAUUGAUGAUUUCGACACUGACACGUCAGCCGAUGAGGAAAAUUUGCAGCGAGCACGAGGAGCUAGACGUGGUAUCGCUUCUUUUGAACUGAUUUCAAGGGAGACAAACAGGUAUGCACAACAGUAUUUAGAUACACCUGCUGAUUUUGAGCCUUGUUCUCGUUUUCGAGCCUGGAAAGACACAUCUCCUAAUGAAAUAAAAGCCUUUUUCGCUUUGCAAAUUGCAAUGGGGCUUUGCCAGAAACCAGCCCAUGCUGAUUAUUGGAGUGGAUUUUGGUUGACAGCCCUGCCAUUUUCAUCUGUGAUGUCACGCAACAGGUUUGAACUGUUACAAGCAUUUCUGCAUUUUAACAAUAUUGAAAACCAAAUUGCCAGGGGUGAAGAAGGUUACAAUCCUUUAUUCAAGAUUCAACCUUUGUUGGACAUAGUCAACCCAACUUAUGAAAAGUGGUAUCAGCCAGCACGUGACCUUUCCUUGGAUGAAAGUACAAGGGGAGACUAUUUUUUCGGCAGUACCUUCCAGCCAAGCCCACAAGGUGGGGGAUCAAGCAGUUUGUGCUUGCUGAGGCAAAAACUGGCUAUUGCCUGA